AAAAUUGAAAUAAUAAUCUGAGCAGGACGUCAGAAGAGUGAAACUUCAGAAUUCGAUGGCUUAAUUAAAUGUAGGCCUAGUUCAUUUGCUUUCUCCUCAUAUUUGACUUAAAUAGAACAAGCAUCAAAACAUGGCCUUUGCUCAAGUAGUAAUCGGACCACCUGGAUCUGGUAAGACCACCUACUGCAAGGGAAUGAAGGAAUUCCUCUCACAAACCGGACGCAAAGUGACCAUCGUGAACCUGGACCCGGCCAACGACUUUCUCCCCUACGACGUUGGAGUGGACAUCUCUGACCUUGUCACCCUCUCAGAUGUCAUGGAGAAGCUUCGGCUUGGACCCAAUGGAGGCCUGGUCUAUUGCAUGGAGUAUUUGGAGAAGAACCUGGACUGGUUGAAGGGCCAGUUGGAUAAGUUUAAGGAUCAUUACUUUCUCUUUGACUGUCCUGGUCAGGUUGAGCUCUACACACAUCACGAUUCAGUGAAGAACAUGGUCGCCCAGCUCCAGAAGUGGAAUUUCAAGUUGGUGUCUGUUCAUCUAGUAGAUGCCCACUACUGCAGUGAUCCAGCCAAGUUCAUCAGUGUCCUCCUCACUUCUCUAUCCACCAUGCUACAAAUGGAACUACCUCACGUUAAUCUCCUGUCAAAGAUUGACCUCGUGGAGCAGUAUGGAAGAUUACCAUUCAACCUGGACUACUUCACAGAGGUGUUGGAUCUAGGCUACCUACUGUCACAUCUAGAAGAAGACCCAUUUCUAAAGAAGUUUAAGAAGCUGAACGAGGCCCUGAUUGGUCUGGUGGAAGACUACAGUCUUGUUUCUUUUAUCCCUCUCAACAUUCAAGACAAGGACAGUGUGUUGACUGCCGUCAAGACGAUAGACAAAGCCAAUGGCUAUGUCUUUGGAGAUCUUGAAGAAAGGAAUCUAAAGGCCUUGAUGUCCUGUGCUGUGGGGGCUGACUUCGAAUUCUUCAAAACGGCUAGUGUCCAAGAGAAGUACAUGCAGAAGAACCCCACUCCCCUGGAUGAAGCCUCCGCCACACCUGAAGACAUGGACACGUGACCCAGAGAUUGACCGUUGAACCCGGUCUAGUCAAGUCUACCAUGGUCAUUGAAAAGGAUCAUUGACCGAGAUGGGAUCUUCACUUGCUUGGGUACCCACCCAUAGGCAAUAAAGAGAGUGGUGUUGUACUCCGCCUUGUUGACUGUCUUUUGGACAUUUUAUAAUGGAAACGAAUGAACCAAGAUGAACUACAAGUACCCUACUUGCCCAAGAGACGUACAGUUCAUUUCCCAUACCUGGAAGUAGGAAAGUAGAAAAAUAGGAAAGUUGGCUUUUGUUUAACCAUUGAAUGGUCUGAUUCUCGAUGCUAAGAUACUUGUCUGAUGGUUAGAGGGGUAAAUAUGAUGUCGCAUUUCAAGCUAAAUGGAUAAUGAAUCGGUAUUUCAUUUCAUUUAUUUUAUUUACCACAAUCAAGUAGAAAUACAUUUACAUCUACAAUCAAGAUAAAUAUUGUCAAAAUACAAAUAUCAAAGAAUGAAACCUGUUAGAGGUAAAAAUAUUGAAAGUAAAAAGGAUAUAGAUACAAGAUGUGGAUGAGAUAACGGAAAUGAUAAAUACUUAUCUCGGUUACCCGUUCAUAUAAAGUAUUAAGAUUGAUCGGAAGUAAGGGGGGGGGGGGAGAGUUUCACAAAGAAUGAAGUCUAACAAAAAUGUAUGGUUUUGUGCCAUGAACACACAAUUACAUUGGUCAAUAACAUGCAGUAGAGCAUGUCUCAUAUUAAGCACAAUCUGACCAAUGCAUUGAUGUAUUCACAUGUAACUUGGAAAUUUUCACUUUUAAGCACACUUACAUGUAAUUCAUUGUGAAAUGUCCCCAUAGUGCAUUCUCUAAUAUGAAGAAAAUGAUUGCAUGAAGAACCGGGGCCCGUUGCAGAAAGAGUUACAGUACAAUCAAUCGCAACUCCAAAAAUCAUGCGUUACUUGAUUUUCAACCAAUCAACAGCAUGCAUUUGGGACUUGCAAUUGAUUUUUUGGCCUGCGUUUAAGGGCAACUCUUUCUGCAACGGGCCCUAGAACAUUGACGGUCAAGUAUUCAUUUCAAAUACUUGACGGUCAAUGUUCAGUUCCAAGUCAUUUUUUUCAAGUAAAUCAAGAAAAUCAUAUGUAUGUCUGUGUAUGUUUGAUGUGUGAGCAACGAUUUCCUAUGGUUACUUAAACUCAAUUUAACCAAGGACUUGGGUCAUUCUGUCAUGAACUCAAUUAGUUGUUUGUCUCUACAAAUCCAAAAAGACUUGGAAUUUCAACCUUAUUCAGGGGUUCCUAAAGUUUAGUGUAUUGUUAAGAGAUAUUUUUUUGAUUUUCUACUUUGGUGGGGAAGUGUUGCAGGUUAGCUUUUAUGAUUUCCUUGACUAAUAUUCUUGGGGCAUUUUCGACAUUAUCCCUUCUCCCGAUGUAUGGUUCUAUCAGUAACCAGUGGUGAUCAGUAGGAUGUCAUUCAAACAUUAUCACCACUUUUAAUACAUUACAACAUGCGAUCAGUAUAUUAGGAUAUCCCCACUUUUGAUCAGCGGCACGUUUUACGGUCCAAAACAUUGACAAAGUAAUGUUCUCUGCGGAUAUUUUUAUACGCCCGUCCUAGACUGGAUGUAUUAUGGUAUCACGUUCGGUGUCUGUCAGUCUGUCCAUCCGUUAUCUUUUCCUUGUAAACACAAUUGAUUUUUAGGUCAAAAGGUCAAGUCGCCACCUUUCACUUUUCUUGCUUGACCAAUAACUCCAUUUUCUGCGUUACAGGCGGGCGUAUUAUGUGCUCGCCUUAGCGACACUCUUGUUUUUGUUUGCUCUGUUUAACAAUAUUGAAGCUAAUGUGAUAGGCUGUUUGAUAUGUUUGCAGGUCUUCUCCUUUCUUUACAUACCAGAACUUGUAUUCUGCCUUUCGAGGCCAUUUUUUGUAGAUUUUUUUGUCCACAAUGGAAAAUCUCAUCGUCAAAGAAAAUUCAAAUUUCUUCAAGUUUGUGUCAAGUCCAUUUCUCUCAAAUUUUUCAAGCACUCGAGCUAGAUUUUCAGGUGUGUAAUAAUCACAUCAUCAAGCAUACACUGGGAACUUAGUGUACCCUGGAGGAUUUGAUCCAUGGUUCUUUGCCAAAUAGCUGGGGCAGACGUCAAUCCGAACACUAAAGCGAUUGUAUUCGUGCAACCCCCGUAUGCGUGUUGAUAGCAAUUUCUGUGAUCUUUCCUAAAGUUCCAUCCAAUGGUAUGCCUGUUUCUGGGGCCCGUCUUACAAAGAGUUACGAUUACUCCAAUCAAUUGUAACUCUAUGGAAAUCCAUCCGUGUCAUAUUUUUUUCAAAAGGAAAUUUGCAAAAUAUCCUUUGAAAACAAAGGAGAACACACUAAAUUGUAAAAAAAAUCGAUGAAUUUAUGAAUAUACAUAUCUAGAAAAAAAAAUGAACAAAAUGAACAAAUGCAUUUCAUAUGUUAACUUUCCAGGUUUUCCAUAGUCGCGAUUGAUCGGAUCAAUCCCAACUCUUUGUAUGACGGGCCCCAGAUCUAUUUUGGUGAAUUUCUGUCCACCUCCCAGAUAAGCAAAAAUGUGCUGGGUCCUUGGCAGAGGAUGUUGUUCUACCUUGAGCACCGGGUUAAUUGUGACCUUGUGGUUACCACAUAAUCUAUCACUUCCAUUUGGUUUCAUAACAGUCCGAAUGUGCAGCUUUUGUUAUGUCCUCUGCCUCAAGACGGUCGAGUUCUUUUUCGAAUUUUUCUCUCAACGCAUACAGUACCUGCCUGUCCGUCAACAUUUACCUUUGGGACACCAAGCGGGCUCAAUAGCUCUUCUGAAAAGGUUUUCAGCUCGUCAAUAUUAUUUUUUGCCAUGACGGACCCGGCUGGUCCUGUGUCUAAUUCCAUUUGCAUGGGUUCACUGUUCUGGGGUAACAUAUAUUGGUGAUGACUUGAAUACAUUAACAAUACUUUCUCUGAGAUCUCUUCCUCUUCCUCACUUGUUGAAUGCAGCUCAACUCUGUCCUGUCUUUCAGAACUUCAUCCUUGCACUCUUCCCUUUUUCUGAAGUGUCCAGUCGUCGCAGCGGUAUAGUUGAUGAAUUUUGCCUCCUGUUUCGAUUGUGGUGCAUUCUCCCACGAUGAUGGGUCAUCUCAGAUCUCCCUUCUGUUUAGUAGGAACAAUAGGUGCACCGGAGGGUCAAGGUGGCCUCGUGCUUGUCCCUUCUCCACUCUCCUUCCCGUUUUCUCAGGUGUCCCGUCGUCGCCGCAGUGUAAUUGAUGAACUUUGCCUCUUGUUUUCGACUGUUGUGCAUCCUCCCGAAAUGCCGGGUCGUCUCCAACCUCCCUUCCGUCUCGUACGAGCAAUAAGUACAUCUGAGGGUCAUGGUGGCCUCGUGCUCCUGCAUGUGUUGCUGGUACUUGUAUCCUUUGAUACUUCUCUUACAUAUGUGACAAUACAGGUAUGGCAUCUGCAGUGAAGAAAAGAAAACACAGGUAGUUGUCAUAUGUGCAGGUCAAUCGUUAGACCUUAUCUUUACAUCUAUUUGGCAUCACCCUUGAGUUGCUGUCAGCUCUUGACCCCCUUGAUCACUGGUCCUUCAAAAUCUUUAACAUAAACACCCGACUU